GAGACGGAAAUCGAUCUCAGCUCUCCAUCUUGAAAGACAUCCCAACUCUUGAAAUACCUCUGAAGGAGCGAGGAGGCUUGCCGGCACCGUGGCGUAUAAAAGAGGCGUGACACGUGGCUGGAAUGGGAAUCAAUGUAACUGUUCCUUUUUUACCCUCUCGGUUAUAUUUGUCUGCCCCUCUUUUUAAGCUUUACAGAAGAAAAAACACACCAAAACAACACAAUUAUUGGCCGAGAUACACGUGACUAUUGCUCGCUGUUUCGGGUCAGCGCUGAUUGUUGUGUGUGGAUGCGGCGGCGAUAGAUGGACACAUUUUAGUUCGGCUUGUUUCCCUUGCUUGCUUUUUAUGGCUGUAAAUAGAGCUGCCGGCCCUUAUUCCAUUUCCCCAUUGUAGCAACCUACAGACAGAAGUGUCCUCUGCUCGCAUCUCCCGGGGGCGGGACUAAGACGCUAGGAGAGGAGAGGAAUCUCAGGAUAUACAAACUGGGAAAGUCAAAGGCCUAAGGAUACACAAAAUAUGUACUAUUGAGGAAUGAACACCGACAAAGAGAGCGGAGUUAUUUACGGCACCGUCCUCCGGGUGUUACUUCUGUUACAGUUGAAAUUGGACUUCGGCGGCGGGAUUUAAAAGAAAGUUAGCACUUCAACAGAAGUCAAAAAUGCAGCCUUCUGCAUGGAUGAAUGGACAGUACCGACAGGUUGGACCAUCUUCUCAAUCCUCACAGGCUGCUGCUCAGUUAACCCAUGACGCAAUGAGGAAUCAGCAAACUAGGACUACAAAUAACUCAUGCCAGUACAUGACAGUGAGCACAGGAAUCCAACCACCACAAAGUGCUAAUUUCAUCUGUCUCGAUGGAGCGUACUCAAACAGACAACCGUCAAAUUGGCAGACCUCAGCAGUUCCUCAUCAGGUAGUUUCGUGUCAGCAGCCUGUCCCAGGGAAACCUUCUUAUCUGACUCUGUUGUUAUCUGGCAAGCUGAAACACUCGUCUAAUAAUACGCAAAGAGGAAACCCUGGUUUGCCGGUCACUUAUGGAUUUCAGCAAGAUUUUCAGCAGAACUCUGUUCAGAGUCCAUCGACCCAGAGUCCACCCAACAUGAAGGCACAAACUACAUACCUUCAGCAAGACAUGUCUGCACUUGUGAACCAAUCAGUUAGAGUUCACAGGAAACCAUCAAUAAGCACACAGGAUGGUAAUGUUGUUGCUGAUCUCCAACAUUGUAGGCAUCAGAAUAGCUCAUUUCACAACUUUAAUGGAGAGCUUACUAAACCUGUUUCAGGAUACACUGCUACAACAGCUACCUCGCCUCCAAAUGAAGAGGUGGUUUACACAGCUGCUUCACACAACAGACAGACUGCUCGUAACCACAAACACAGACCAAAUGGCACGCAGCAUGGUUUCUCUCCUUCCACCUCCCCGCCAAGUUAUAAUGCAACCAUCUCUUUCAGAAACGACAGCAUUACAACAAGCUCAUCUUCCAGUCUACAUAAUUCGCACGUUUCCACCACGAGUCAGAAAACUCUACACUACUUGGGACAUAACAAUAGGGGGGAGGCCACCUCCUCCAUAAACUCAAAUUCAUAUAACGCUGCUGUUGAUACACAACAAGAUAGGCACAGACUCGACCAUAUCGCAAGAAUUGAGGACUAUCUACGUAACUCGUUUGUUGCUGGUCCAGAUGUUCGUCCAGUGCAUACAAGUUCACCUUACGGAGGGAAGCAGUUUGCCAGCGAAGUCAGAAUGACAGAGUCUAAUCAAAAUAUGCAGGCUGUGGCAUCAAAUGUCACUGAACGUCACAAUUCUGGACAAUCUUUGCCUCAAACCACUCACAGUGUUAUGUUAAGACAGCACAGCGUAGAUGUGCCACUUCAGCAAAGCUCUGUACCAAACAGAUUUUAUGCGACAGCAAAACAAGAUGGAAGUGAAAAUGGAAGUAAGGCAGCCAAUGCAUUUUUUCCUAAACUAAUUGUUAGGUCUUUAAGUGAUUCAUCCCAACUGAGGCAGAUGCCUGAAGGCAUUUCAUCACAGAGAAAUGAAACCCAGUCAUCUGUUGCAAACAAUCGUGAAAGGGUUCAAAUACUUGAAACGCUCUCCUCAGUUAAGGCAAAUGACGGCUCCAUUCACUCAUUUCCUGGUCAAAUAAGAGCUGUUGCUGUUGUGCAGCCAUUGUUGCAGGAAAUCUACCCUGUUGCCAGAAAGCAGUCCAGUUCUAACUCAAUCAGUCAAUCGUCGGAGGUCACCGCAACAGAUGAAUCUUUGAGUAACCCUGAAAAAUUAUUUAUUUCACCAAAAAACAAACCGGUUGAGUAUUGGAGACAUUCAGCAGCAUCCAAUCAUGGUACUUUUGUCUCAUCUUCAGAAUCAGCUGGGAAAAAACACUUCCGUGCAGAUGAAACGGGAUCUGAAGUGGCUAUUAACAUGCAAGUAGAUCAGCGUGUUGCUCAACAAUCAGUAACCACCAAUGUUUCAGUGAGACAAAACAAUGACAAAAAUGAGAUGCCAACAGAUCCAAAAGGGUUUUUUGAGCUUUCCUCAGUCCCAACAACUACUUGGACACCUGUCACAUUAAUUGAAUUGAUACAGGAUACCGAAAAAGCUCAGGUACAGUUGAAAGAGUUUUCUAAAUUAGAGUCUGUAAUCCAAUUAUUAUUAAGGACGUUUUGGAGUGGCCACUCUGAAGAAUUUAGAUGUAAGGUCAAGACAGGCUGGUACAAGGAUUUAAUCACUGGUGUUAACAACUUCUGCAUCAAACAUGUAGCACAACACACUGUCGUACUGUCACAAGUAAAGCCCUGCUUUAGGAACCAACUCAAAAUCUACCAUGUCCUCAAAGAUGAUGAAGUUUAUUCAGAACUGCCCUACAAAUCAUCAUGGUUGAAUGUCAAUGAGCAGCUCGAUGACAUUGACAAAGAGUUUGACUUCCCGCAGUCGUUGAAGCAUGACAACCGGCCAGCUCGCGUCAUGACAGACAACGGCAUUCCUUCACAAAUUGUAAGUGAGGUGUCAAACAAGAAGUUGUCAUCAACAGAGCAUUCACCGGUUGACUCGAGUGAAGAAAAACAAGACUCCACUGUUGAAGCCAAUUCAAAACAAACUGCCUCCCCUAAUAAAACGGAGAGUGCCGAUUCCAGUGACCCAUGUUACUCAUUUAAAAUCCAAGUUUUGACUCCAGAAGAGGCCAAAGUUAUUUAUGAGCAAGUACAAAUCAAGCUGCCAAAAAGUAUGGACAUGGACAAUCAGCCGGAGAGAGUCACAAAUAGCUCUGUGGAGGGUGACUUACCUACGGUUAGGGAUGCCACAUUCAGCGACACAAAACUGGAGAACAAAUCAGUCGGUCUAGUAGACCAGGUUUGCUGCCUUUCACGGUGGGUGGAAAUCAUUUGCGGGUCAAACGCAGCUAAAUGUGAGUGCAAGUCCACGCAAAGCCAUGAAGAUAUUACCGACAAGACCCUUGAUAAGGAAGAGAUGGCAGAACAAAAGAAAGAUGAACUGUGUGCGAUCAAGUCUGACAGCAAAUUACACUCUGCCACUGACGGAAAGAAGCAAGCAGAGGGUGACAAGAACGUAGACCAUCCUGUUAUGACACUUUGCUGGCCUGAGCUAUGCAAUGGACACAGUCUCACCAUUGACCAAACUGAAGAUGACAAACUUCACUCAUAUGCUGACAAAGAAACAACAAAUAACAUUUCCCAGAUUAUACUCCUAAGUAAAAACGGAGAUUGUCUGUCCAGCAGUGAGAAUGAAAUUCCCAACCAGAUGCCAGACUUUGAAAAGGAUUUGGAACGAGCUGAGGUGAAAUUGACAGAAAGUAACCAGUCAAGCCGUUCAGACGAGAUAGAAACGAAGAAAUUCUCCAUAAGUGAGACUGAUAUCCAGUCAGACCCUGAAGUGGACUGUAUACAAAAUCAGUUAAAAUCUACAGGAAAUGUGCAGUCAUGUACUUUGGACAGUAGUGGCGAAGGUAUUGAAAAUCUCUCCAGCAGUAAAAGUGAAGUUGAGAGCCAGAUGUCAGACCUCGAAGAAAAUUGUAGACGAGCGCAGCUGACGUCUACAAAUGGGGCAGAGUCAUCAAUGGAAACCGAAGGACAAACUCAAAUUGUGACGGGUGCCCUACAGACAACAUGGACUGGUAAACAUGACACUGUUAAAAGAAAGAAGAGACGAAGCAGUCAUAAUAAUUUUUUUCCAGCUUUUAAGAAAUCAAAGAAAUGCAAAUCCAUUGUUGAUGUGGAGGACGAUUUGAAUUGUGGGAAGGUCUUUCUUGGUAGUGAACCAUCAGCCUCAAACACACGAACUGUAGAACUGGUACUGUUUGGAUCAACACCACAAAACAAGUGUCUUUUAAUUGGCAGCAGAAAGAGUCAUAUUUCAUCUCCAGAGGCUGUGUAUGAUGCAGUACCAAGGCCUCCAAACGUUAUCACUGUGAAACUCAGUCCCUUAAAGAGAAAGUCCAGUGAAACUGUCUCAACACGGAAACAUUCAGUCAAACGAUCACUUUGCGAAAAAUCAAGGACACGUUUUUCACUAACUAAAAUUAGGCACAGACGCAGACUGAAAACACAGGCGUAUACUUUUGAGUCUUUAUCUUUGGGCUGCCAGAGGCUGCCAGCUUCCUCUGAAAUGAGGAUCUGUAGUGGAAAAACUAAGCACUGCCAGAGUCUGAAGAGGAGUCGCUCUCACGGACUCAAACGUGGAGAGCAGAAUACGGAGAAACGCACGGUCACACUCAACCAGCCUGCUGAUCAAGAGAGAAGUAAGGCUGGAAAUGGAAGCCAUGCUGUGAUGCCACUCCAGAACAACGAUGUCCUGAAGUUCAAUGUCUUACCCAAUACCUUCAACUUCAAAGAUGGAUCCAAUGGGAGAAAGGAAACUAAUGAUCCUGUUCCAGACAACCCUGGCUUUGUUGAAGGAAAUGACAAGAGCCACAACAAAACUGUCCAGAAAGCAAAAGGUACAUGGUGUAAAAAUCCCCAGAAGAAGUGUAUAUUUUCUCCCCCCACCCCCACGACCGACAUCCUCUUCCAUGAGUUUCAGAAGAAAUACAAGGAGAAGAAUCAGCCAUCCGUGGACGAAUAAUCUGACCAAAGUUUUUAUUGUCUUCUGUCUGGGAAAUUCUUCAUUUGAUAAAUUAGCUUCCAAGACUGUUACAGAAAUGAUGUCUCCGUGUUUUUGUGUUGCAUAUUCAAAGAGGAAAUUGAAGUUCAGUUUUGUAUUAUAGUUGCUAUUAUUAUAGUUAUGAGUCACAGUUGUUCUCAUCACUUGAGGCAUACAAUUGUUGUUUACAUUGCUGUAAAAGCUUUCAAGUCAACAAAUGUCCUAAUGUCUCACAGUAAUAUUUAUCUUUUAGAUGUACUGCAUAUUUAAGCUUCAUGUUUAUAUUUUUUAUACUUUUAUACAAUAUUAAUAUUUUUCUACAUUAUUUGCCAGACAUAUUUUUUGAUAAGAAAUGUGAUAUAUUGUUCUAAUAAGAAAAGUUUGUUCAUUUGAAACAAGUCACCAUUCUUGUUUCAUUUCACUGUUUGAAACCAGAAAUAAAUUACUGAGCUGAACAUAUACUCCAUCUGUGAUUCUGAAACAGACAGCCAGGCAAACUUGAUCAAGGGUUUAAACAUGGCCACGUGGAUUAUCAGCAUACUUUCGUUACACGUAUUAGUUAAAUACAUUUCACAGUCAAAUGUACGGAGUUGUACAGGAAUCUGUUGUGCUGCUAAAGUUUCACAGUAAGACUUCCUGACCUUGAGCGAUGACUGGGUACAGAGAAGGACUUUCUUCUGGUCAGUAAAUGAGCAUAAAGAUCCAAACUGAAAAACAAAACAAAAACCUGGUCGGUGUGUUAGUUAGGCAUUUACGUUGGUAUGUGAGACUGGAGGAAAGAAGUUUUCACGUUUCUCUCACCAGCAGGAAGAAAUAACUCAAACAGCUGACGGCACAUGUGCAGACAUUCAGUAGUACUUCUGGGUCCCUUGCAACCCUACACUUAGUGGGACCCCACAGACCUUUCACCUCAUGAGUGACAUACAUCCUCUGUUAAAUAGAAAAAAAGACAAAACAACAUUUCUAGACAACACACUUAAAUAAAGUUAUGAGGCAGACAAUUCAACUUAAUUUCUUAAGUUUGUGUUCGUCCAAAUUAGAAUGAUAACUUCUGUUAAAUUACUCAAAGCUGGAGUAACUUAUUAUUUUACAUGAUCAUACACAUUAUAUUAUGUGCAUCUGACUUUGAUCUUCUCCAGUGAAUUUCUUUUGAAUCUGUUAUAACUUAAAGACCAGAACAUCAAUAGCUUAAAAGAUGUAAGUGUUUGAGGAGGAGGUCCAGACUUCACCUCCGGCCCUGAAAGGACCUUUUUCCUUCAACAAACUGUUUAGGGCUCAGACAGUUUGCAUCUCUUGCUGACGUCAGCAGUUGUAGCAGGAGCUCAUAACCGCAGCGUCCUGUCUUUUGCAUAUCUUUCUUGAUCUUCGUGCUAAAAGUCCCACAAUGCAUCUAUUACUGUAUCACUGUAUUAUUAAAAAUAGUAACUUUUGCAAAAGAAACCCGGCAUGUUAAGCAAUUUUACGUUUCUAAUCACAAUUUAUCAAGCUGGUUAUUACCAUUCAAUCUUAGGUUUCUUAAGCAGGCUCUAACUUAAUGUUUAACUGCGUAUGUAUAAUAUGAUAUAUAGUUACACAAUCUCAUUUUCAUUUUUCUACAGAGCAAAAAAAGUAAAACAUUGACAAAUUCAGAGGCAAACGGAUUCAUCUUUUUGUAUUAGGGAUUACUUUAUGUUUUCAUAUUCGGUACAUCGAGCAGCACACUACCAACACAGGAGCGGCAGACUUUGGUAAAUAAAGAAUAAUAUUAAUUGGAGACAAGCUUUUGAGAGGUAAACUGGGGACAGAUUUGAGCUGUGCAGAUUGGACACACGUGGGGGAGUACAUGCUAUGUGUUUUGGAAGAUAAUAUUUAAGAUUCACGGAUGAAAAUCUUAGAAAGAUUAUCCUGGCAAAACCUUUUUUCAACUGGUAUUAAAUCAUUAACAAAGGAGAGAAAACAAUUUAGAUCAGACUUUGGAAAAGAAAAGGGAUCACCAGCAUUUCUCCUUCUCAGUUGCCCGUCGGGAGCCUUUUCAUAUAAAAAAAGAGUAUAAAGAAAUCUGUUUGAACUACCCUUCAAACUGAUACAUUUAAUUUCAUAUGAUUUCCCUGCCAAAUCCUAUUAUCUAAUGUUAUCUCAAGUCUCUUCCUCUUGCCAGGGAGAUGCCAGUUGCAGGUUUGUUAAGAUAAUCUAUAAUGAACAAUGUCUUAUUCAUUAAGUUUACAAUAAGGGGCCCUUUGUAUGAUCCAUACCAUAUGUGCAUAUGUUUUGGCAUGAGAUCCAUGCCCUAAGGAAAUUAAGGGGAUCCCUCAAUGGACAUGAGGAAGUGACCGUCACAUCUAGAAUAGAUAACCUUUGUGCCAUGAUCCUGGGGCAAUGUCAUGUGGUUCAAUGUAUGACAAAGUUUGUGCGUUGAUUUAGGACUCAAAUAUAUAUACGGUUUAGAUUCUCUUUGUCAGUUGAGACUCUACGCGGUUGUGCUUGGAAGCAAGUAAUGUUCCCAUUAUUAUUGUUUAUUGCGCAACAAAAUAAGAAUGAAUCAACUAUAUCUGUAUUUGUGUUUUAUGGAUUCCUCUCUGUUUCAUACGACAAUGUUGUGAGCGAUAAAUAUCCUCGACAGGUUAACACUGUAAUAUUAGUCUAUUUUUCCUCAGGUGUUUCUACUCUAUGAUAAACAUUAUCUGCUGCUUUUUGCUACAGUGAAGAUACAACCGGCUGGCUCCACUAAAUUCAUAACACCGAGGUAAUAAACAGACACAGUUGAAGGCUAUUUGAGAAUAUUACACGUUGUUCUAUGUUUCCAUGUCUCCUCUAUCAAAUAAUAAGAAUACAUUACUGACAUUUAUGUGAAGCUGGAAAUGUUUUGUGUUUUUUUCAUGUCUUCAUCGGGCUACAGCUUGGAAACAAUAUAUGAUAUAAUAUAACAUCAUUUUAUAUUGAAACUGAUGCUGGAAACCAUACCUGCUAUUUUGUUUUAUUUUAGAUUGCUAACAGACCUGUUUUGGUGUCUCUGUGUGAUAUGUUCAAAAGCAUGAAUUUGAUGGGUAUUCAGAAACAAUAUUCAGUGUUGAACAAAUGUUGUUACAACAUUCAUGAACUGAAAAUCCUUUUAAAUCCGUUUAAAAAAGAAAGAAGAUAUCUUUAUACUCCUACACUCGAAAAACUUAAAAUAUUUGAUCAUUAACGUAUGCCAUACACUUAGAUUUUUUUUCUUCCUUUAAAUAACAGUGAGGACGUCAAAACUAUGUGCCAGAUAUAACUCAAGGUUUCUGCCCCAAGAUAAUCUCUGUGUCACAGACUGCUUCUCUUGUUCGAUUUGUUGGGGAUGUUGCUCUUUCAGUUACUGGCAUCAUUCUGUAAUGUGUACAUGACAUAAUUUCAUAUGUCCAUGUUACAUUUUUACAUUUUUAUUGUUUGAUACAUGUUUCAAUAAACUUCGGUCUUGACCAAAAUAUCUUUGUAACUUUAUUUGUAUUCCUACGAUAUUCUUCCUGUGCCUGCUUACAAAUAAACAAAUUCAAACUCGACCAUUGUAUCUUAGGUAUGCACUCCCUGUUCCCUGCCUGAAGCUCGACUGGAGGUCAUCAAUAGCAAAACAGAAUGUUCUAAAAUUUUUACAGUGGUAUACUCGUGUCUAUCUAACACCUGCAACUGUGUCUUCCACCCCUCCCCCUCUCUACUCACUGUCUUUAAAAUGCAUGAACACAGAUAGACAAGUGUUCUUUCCUCACC